CGAAUUAUGGAAACCAAUAUUUUUGGUUAUUUCAACAAACAAAAAUACGUCGGGUUAUAUACUUUAUCUCAACCAUCCCCUACAUAUCAUGGGUACAAACGAGUGGCUGUAAAAACAAUUAUAUUAUAAAAGGUUGGAAAGUUAAACACCACUUCUUAUGUAGGUUUGUGUCCUUCUCCAAUCUGGCACAUCUCAAUGUAAAACACAUAUCAAACCAAAAUCCCCCUUCUUUGCGAGUUGGACCGACAUACUUAAACCAACUCAGCCGAAUAGAGUAGUCUAUAAGAUUCAAGAAUCACUCAAAUAUAUUAUUAAACUUCUUGAAGAAGAAGAAGAAAGAUGGAGAAUGGAGGAUCGACAAUAACGAUAAAAGGGAUUCUGAGUUUGCUGAUGGAAAGCAUCUCAGAGCUGGAAGAUAAAGAUGGAAGAUGCGCUAAGAGAGUUAUAUCACUUGGAAUGGGAGACCCGACACUAUACUCGUGUUUCCGGACAACACAAGUUUCACUUCAAGCUGUUUCAGAUUCUCUUCUCUCCAACAAGUUCCAUGGUUAUGCUCCCACCGUUGGUCUUCCUCAAACUCGAAGAGCAAUCGCAGAGUACCUAUCGCGUGAUCUUCCAUACAAACUAUCUCAAGACGAUGUGUUCAUCACAUCGGGUUGCACGCAAGCAAUCGAUGUAGCAUUGGCAAUGUUGGCUCGUCCCAGGGCCAAUAUACUUCUUCCAAGACCCGGUUUCCCAAUCUAUGAACUUUGUGCUAAGUUUAGAAACCUAGAGGUCCGCUACUUCGACCUUCUUCCAGAAAACGAAUGGGAGAUAGAUCUUGAUGCUGUUGAGUCUCUUGCAGACGAAAACACAGUUGCUUUGGUUGUUAUAAACCCUGGUAAUCCUUGCGGUAAUGUCUAUAGUUACUCGCAUUUGAUGAAGGUUGCGGAAACGGCGAAAAAGCUAGGGUUUCUUGUGAUUGCUGAUGAAGUUUAUGGUCAUCUUGCUUUUGGGAGCACACCGUUUGUGCCAAUGGGUGUGUUUGGAUCUAUCGUCCCGGUGCUUACUCUUGGAUCUUUAUCAAAGAGAUGGAUAGUUCCUGGUUGGCGUCUCGGUUGGUUUGUGACCACUGACCCUUCUGGCUCGUUUAAAGAGCCAAAGAUCAUCGAGCGGUUCAAGAAAUACUUUGAUAUUCUUGGUGGACCAGCCACAUUUAUCCAGGCUGCAGUUCCCACGAUUCUGGAACAGACGGACGAAUCAUUCUUCAAGAAAACGCUGAACUCGUUGAAGAACUCUUCGGAUAUUUGCUAUGACUGGAUCAACGAGAUUCCUUGCAUUGAUUCCUCUCAUCGACCAGAAGGAUCCAUGGCAAUGAUGGUUAAGUUGAAUCUCUCGUUACUAGAAGAUAUAAGCGACGAUAUCGACUUCUGUUUCAAACUAGCUAGAGAAGAAUCAGUCAUCCUUCUUCCUGGGACUGCGGUGGGGCUUAAGAACUGGCUAAGGAUAACGUUUGCUGCUGAUGCAUCUUCGAUUGAAGAAGCUUUUAAAAGGAUCAAAUGUUUUUAUCUCAGACAUGCUAAGACUCAGUCUCAACAAAUAGUUGAUUUGUGAUUUUGGUAUGGUCAAAAUGUGCUUACAAAGCAGAUACAGUAUAUAUAUAGUGUUUUCUUUUUCUUUUUAUUUUUAAAAUGUGAUAUACAAGUACCUUCCUUGUAAUAAUAUCAAGAGAAAUUGGGAGCCAUACCAAAGAACUUUAGCGUAUUUAGCUGAAUACCAAAACCGAAAAAGGAGGCAACUGUUUCAGUAUGUAAUUUGACUCUGAUACCC